GACCGCGGCUGAGCGCGCGCAUAACGGUCUGAGGAUCUGCAAGGAGGCAGCGAUACCAGCUUCAGCUGCUUCUUCUGACUUUGACUGAACUCUCAUCUGGAAACGAUGGCCAGCUCGGGUCUGCAGCUCCUCGGAUUCCUCCUGUCACUGGUCGGUCUCGCAGCCACUGUUGCCGCUACGUUCAUGGUUGAAUGGAAGAAACAGUCACAGGGAAAGACGCACCGCAUCUACGAGGGCUUGUGGAUGGCCUGCAGCGGCUGGGAGAGAACAACCUGUGAAUUUCACCAGUCCGUCCUGAAGCUGCCAACUGAGGUCCAGGCUACCAGGGCCGUGAUGUUGCUCAGCAUCUUGCUCUCCACCCUGGCGGUGUUGGUCUCCACACUGGGAAUGAAGUGCACACGCUUCAUGGAUGGCAGGUCGGAGAGCAAAUCCACGACCGCCAUGAUUGGAGGAAUCAUGUUCAUGAUUGCAGGUUUAUUGACCAUCAUAAUAACCUCCUGGUAUGUCACGAUGAUUGUUCAGACAUUUAAUAAGUCUCAUCGUCUGGAAAGCUUUGAGUUUGGUAAUGCGGUGUUUGUCAGCUGGGCUGGUGGCCUCCUCACUAUGGCUGGCGGUGCUUUCCUGAGCUGUCGGAGAUGUUCACGGUCGGAAUCGGAGUCCAUAAGUGGAAACCACCUCUUCCCCAACACCCACCAAACAUCCAACUAUGUCUAGAGGAGGAUCACAGGGGAGGAUUUGAUGCAGUCAGUAAGCAACAAACUGGAGCAGAUUGUUGUUUCUACUAUGAGGAAAUGUUCCACUGCUGGAUUAUUAAUACCAGGUGCCAUCAGUCACUGUGGCUGUUUCUGCUGCUGCUCAGCAGUUUUCUUCCAUUCAGAGAAAUACAACUAAGGAUUCAGUUUACACACAAGGAACUCUGUCAGGUUGUUUGUAUCAGAAUGAAAUUCUGAAUUUUCUCUUCACAUGUAGCAAUUAAAGGUCCAUUGUGUAAGAUUUAGUGCCAUCUAGCUGUGUGGAUGUAGAUUGCAACCGAGUGAAUAACCUGCCCCACAGAAGGGAGGGUGAGAACAAUAAACGUGAAAAAAGUGAAAUAGCCUCUCUAGACCCAGUUUGUGGUUUAUACUUUCUGGGCUACAGUAGAAAACUUGGCGGUGCAACAUGGUGGACUCUGUGGAGGAAGGCCAAAGUCGCCCUAACCCUCCCCCACCCCUGUCCCCACUGGCCACUUAAAAACUGAACACAUUACUGAAGGAUAUUACUGUUGCAUUUUAAAACAAUGCAACACUAAAUUUAGUUUUUAUCUGUUAAUACGCCCACUACGCAUAUCCAGAUCUCACAGGAGUGUGUUGUUCCUCCUGAACUGCCCGGCUGAAAAGUACCAUGUUAAUGUCAGAACGUGUGGUUUGUGAAAAAUGGGUCUGACUGUGCUUUGGUCAUAAUCACAUCAUAUUCACUGCUCCCAUUGGAACGGAGACCUCUUGCGAGUCUCCUAGAAGAGCAGGGUGGUGGUAAAACCCAUAUGACUCAGAUCCCCCUCUGCUCAUAUGAAAACCUUAUUCUAAGGUAACAAAACCACAACACUUUCCAGUUUCAGGUGAUUACAUGAUUAUAUUCACUUUGUGCCCUCAGAUCAAUCCUGCACAAAGAACCUUUAAGAACAUUUGUUCUGUAUUAAUAGUUUACAGUAAAGAUUCUGUACAUUGUACUCGUGACACACAAAUCACUCCCUUUGCCUCCUCAGUUUCACACUGGGGUUCAUACAGGUUUUUUGUGUAUGUUUUUGAAUAUAUGACUAAAGUUUUAUAUUUUCUUGUGAUAUUUUCAUGCAGUGUGGUUGUUUUCAUUGUUAUGUGGAAGUUGCGAAAGAUGCAUGUACAUUUUGAAAAGAAAAAUGAAAUUCAUUUUUACAUUCUACAGUACUGAACUUAUUUUUUUUGUGUGUGUGUGCAACAAAGAAAAUCAUUGCUGACAUGUUAAAAAAAUAUUAAAUGUUAUCAAUCCAAUUUAUGUAAUCAUAUUGCCAUGAUGUAGUCAUAGCAUGUUUGUUUGACAUGUAAACUCUGUUGUACAAAUUUUUUAUGAUUAUGUGUUAAGCUAUGGUUUUGGUUCUAAAUAUGUGAAUAAAAUAAAUAUGUGCCAGAUGUAACGCAACAGUCAAAUGCUGUUGCAUUACAUUUGACAAUAACUGAUCUCAUUAAUAUUCCAGCAUUCAUUUCAGUCAUAUCAGUGUAGUCGGUCCUCAUUUGAAACAUUGAAGAUAGAUAGAUAGAUAUUUUAUUGCUCCCGAGGGAAAUUCAAAAUGUUAUGAAUUAAGUUUUAACCACUCAGUCCAUGUUUGCUUUUGGUGCAAGUGAAGGUUUUAGACAACUUAUGUAUAAUAUGAUAAAUCCUGAUGUUUUCUCUGUAAACUUAUCUUGUGAGUACCCAGCUUUCAUGACCCCUUCCCACUUAAAUUACUCUCGAUACUGAAACUGUAAGUGUAUAAAUAAUCUGUUGCAAGUAUACUGUCUUCAUUCAAAUUUCAAAAGUAAAACUAAAGCAGC